GUCAGGGGGGCGUGGCGUGCGCGCGCAACAGCCGCCAAAAUUAAAAAAAGCAGCGGAUAUUUUUGUUUGAGUAGCUUCAUUAGGUGUAACCAAAUUAAAAGGAGGAAAGUGGUCAAACAUGGAGGGAGUUUCGACGAGAGGUGUUUUGAGUCACCUGAGUCUGCUGGAAGACCAGGCCAGUAGCCGAGGGAGUCGGGUCCUCCAGCAGCCGUGUCGUGUGAAGGAGCUAAAGGCUAAAGUUGAAGCGCUGACCUCGCAGAGAGACCAGCUGAAGGCAGAGAUACAGACACACAAGAACCUCCAGAAACUGAGGCCAUCCGUAGACAAGCGGCGAGUAGCUGGAGAAGAAGAGGACAUGGAUGUAGACUCAGAAAGUUCAGAGUUGUUGCGCCUGAUGGCCAGACACUCUGAGCUGUCAGAUCUUCUUCAUGCUCAUCACCUCAUUGGUGGGUAUGACGUCAUCAAAACUCGUCAAGGUAAAGGCAUGUGCUUCUCUCUGGCGACCGCGUAUGAGGGCAUAUAUCUGGACACCUACAACCUGGAGAUUGACCUGAAGCCAAAAGUGAGGAUCACCCGCCACAACAUCCCCCCCUUCAUUCCUCUGAACAACCUCGCUGAGCAGAGCGACUUGCAAACAGGCCUGAGGGCUUUUCUGGACACAGUCAGCCAGCAUCUUAAUGCAUUUGCAGGUCGCAAGCAACAGCUGCAGCUUGUUAAGGAGCAACAUAAGUCUGUUGAAGUGAUGGAGAGCAACCUUUUGUGUUCGAUACUGGUGCUGAUGUUCACCGUGCCCAAAGAGAAGACACACAUGCUUUGCACGUUGGAAUACACCAAUCACACCAGAUGUCUCCCCACUCGGGUCCAUUUGGAAUCGGAAGACAAACGGCUCCCUGACGCUCCACAGUGGAAGAAAAACUGCAGCCUACUGACGGAGGUCCCUGUCCACAGAGCUUUAACAGCCAUUAGGAAAUCAAGGGAUAUUGUUUAAUUUAUUGUCCAAUUUUAUAAAUGUAAUUUUUGAUGUACAUAUUAAAUGGUUUUGCUUAAA